AAAUCCUAUAUAUAUAUAUACAAGUCAUUGUAAGUUCCUCAAUUCAUCAAGUCUCAAGUCAAAAUAAGAAGCAAACAUGAAGAAUGAAGGUCGUCAGCAAGGCGUCAUAAGGACGGGAAUGAUUCAUCCGCGGGGCUUUCAUCCGCGACCCACAAACCCACCACCAGCUAAUGGAGUCAAAGUGUCAUCAUCUACUACCAGCCAGUCAAACAUCAUCGGAGAAAGUGAGCGGUCCAAGUACAGUAAUUGCCACGUGUCGCCGGCUAUCAAGUCUGGCCACAAAUCUAAAGAUCGCCGCAAGUCACAACCGACAAGUUGGUGGAGUGAUGAGAAGCUAGAUCGGCUCAUCGGGUCAGACUCUUCGUCCGCUCAGGAUAUUUUGGAUACAUUAUGCGAUGAAGAAGAUGAUGAGCAUUAAUUAUCGUCGUGGCUAGUCGAGAUGUAUGAAAGAUUAUUGUUUUUUUUUUUUUUUUUUAAUAUAUGCAUUUUAUUAUAUGUUUGAACUUUUGAUAAACAAUGAUAAUAAUUAUGGGAAGAAAAUGUAAUACUUUUGUGUCAAUGCAAAUUUGAGUUGGAAAUGAUAAUAGAUGUAAUUAUUUCGCAAA